GUUCUUCAAUAAUUUGCACAAUUUCUUUCCAGUCAGACGGAGGUCUAAAUGCUGUGCAGCAGCACUGAGGAGGUUACCCCCAGCUCGGACACCGGCGCCAGCAGCGCGUCCAGCUCUGAGCGCAGCCUGAGUGCAGCUCGGUGUAGCCGGGAGGAGGAGGAGGAGGAGGAGGGCGCACCGCCCCGGUCUCCUCUGUCCAGCUCACACACACCGCACAGCGCUAGCUCCUGCUCCGCUUCUGGGUCAAACUCCUCCACUAAAGCCUGUGUCCCGACAACUGCUCUUAAUAAAACUCCGGUUAGGACAGGUAUCUGCAGUGUGAACAGGGUGAAUUCAUCAAGCUCUUCAUGGACUGGUGGGGUCUACAGCUCACUGUACAGAAGCUUGAGCACUCCUUCCCUCAGGAGGACACCAGGCUCAGCUCAGCAAAGGGAACUCAACAUGACAUCUUCAUCGUCUGCAUCUGUGUGCCAUGCUGCAUCUGUAAUCGUGGCUUUGGUGGAGGGCCGAGGUUUAGCCAGGGGAGAGAUCGGCAUGGCCAGCAUCAACACUAGGUCCCCCGAGCUGGUACUUUCACAGUUUGCAGAUACUGGGACUUAUGCCAAGGUAAUUACCAAACUGCAUAUCUUAGUGCCCCUUGAGAUUCUGAUGCCAGACACUGCUAGCGAGAAAGGGCAUGGAACCAAGCUGUACAACCUCAUCACGGAGAAUUUUUCGUCUAUAGCUUUCACUGCCAUUCAGCGGAAGUACUUUAACGAAAGGAAAGGACUGGAGUACAUCCAGCAGCUUUGUGCACCCGAGUUCAACACUGUUCUUAUGGAUGUACAAACCAAGUACUAUUGUCUGGCAGCUGCAGCAGCGCUCCUUAAGUACUUAGAGUUCAUUCAGAACUCGGUGUAUGCUCCCAAAUCUCUGAAAGUGAGCUUCACCGGCAGCGAGAAGACUGCCAUGAUUGACGCGGUCUCAGCCAGGAACUUAGAGCUAGUCAUUAACAACAGAGAUCACAGGAGUGAACACACUCUACUUGAGGUCUUGAACUACACCAAAACACCUGGUGGUGAGAGGAGACUUCGCUCGAACAUUCUGGAGCCUCUGCUGGAUGUUGACACCAUUAACACACGACUGGACACCAUACAGGAACUGCUGCAGAGUGAGGAACUCUUCUUUGGUCUUAAAAAUGCGAUUACACAAUUCUUGGAUAUAGAUCAACUGCUUUCUGCUCUUGUGCAGCUCCCUAAGCAAGAAACGGUUGAAGUGGCAGAAGCAAAGAUAAUGCAUGUUAUUCAGCUGAAACACACUCUAGAACUGAUUGAACCACUCAAGAUGGUGUUGAAGGACGCAAAGACACCCUUACUGAAAGCUUAUUACACUUCACUAGAAGAUUGCAGGUUUAACAGCAUUUUGGACCAAAUCAAAACAGUGAUUAACAGUGACACUAGCUACAUUAAGGGCAGUCUGAAUAUGCGCACACAGAAGUGCUAUGCCGUACGUCCUAAUGUAAACGAAUUGCUAGACAUUGCACGUCGAGCCUACACUGAGGUAGUGGAUGAUAUAGCAGGAUUGGUAGAACAGCUGGGAGAGAAGUAUGGCCUUCCUCUGCGCACUAGUUUUAACACUACUCGAGGUUUCUUUAUCCAGAUGAGGAUGGAAGGUUUUGGUCUACCUGAUGGACAGCUCCCAGGAGAGUUCAUUAAAGUAACGAGGCAAAAAAACAACUAUAGCUUUACUACAUUGGACAUGAUGAAGAUGAAUGAUCGCUGUGAUGAAGCCUUGAAGGAGAUAUUUCACAUGUCAUAUAUUGUGGUAUGCAGGUUACUUAAUGAUGUGUAUUCACACAUUCACUGCCUAUAUAAGCUGUCUGAUGCUGUGUCCCUGCUGGAUAUGCUGGUGUCCCUCGCCAAUGUGUGCACUAUUUCAGACUACGUGCGGCCUGAGUUCACGGAUACACUGGCAAUAAAACAAGGCCGCCAUCCAAUCCUGGAGCGCAUGGUUGGCCAGCAGCCCAUCCCCAACAACUGCCAUCUCUCUGAGGGAAGCAACUUUGUUAUAAUCACAGGCCCAAACAUGAGCGGCAAAUCCACUUACCUCAGACAGGUGGCUCUCUGCCAAAUCAUGGCUCAGAUAGGAUCAUUUGUGCCCGCUGAAUUUGCCUCGUUCCGUGUUGCUGAUCAGAUAUUUACUCGGAUAGGAGUAGACGACGAUUUUGAGACCAACUCAUCAACAUUUAUGGUUGAGAUGAAGGAGGUGUCUUACAUAAUACACAAUGCAAGUAACAGGUCACUCAUUAUUAUUGACGAGCUGGGACGUGGCACCAGUGCCGAGGAGGGCAUCGGAAUUUGCCACUCGGUUUGUGAGUUCCUCAUCGGGGUGAAGGCGUUCACUCUGUUCGCCACCCACUUUCUGGAGCUGUGUCAGUUAGAGACACUUUACCCCAACGUAGAGAAUCAGCACAUGCAGGUCCAGCACAUGCGUGGGACUGAAAACAUCACGGAGAAUGUAGUCUACACCUACCUGCUGACUCAAGGCUUCUCUGAGGAAAGCAAUUAUGGUAUAAGAGCAGCAGAGAACACGUCGUUUCCACUUUCUAUCAUUAAGGAGGCCAAGUCUAUAUCAGCCAUAGUUAGUCAAAAGUUAUGGGCUAAGCAUCAUAGUGAUCCAUCCACUCUGCGUCAGGCCGCAGUGUUUCGUCUUGCCACAAGAUUGUUGCAGGUGGGCCGAAACUCCAGAUUGGAUCAGGACAGCCUCCGUCUAUACCUAAAAGGCUUAAAAAGAAACUAUGAAUCUGAGUUAAAUAAGAGCUUAGAGUCCACGGAUACAGAGGAGUGA